AUGCAGUCCUUCUCGAGACAGAUGCGCCCGGCAGGCAAGCUGCUGAACCAGGCCGCCAGACGGUCCUACAGCGCCGCCGCCGGCCCUUACACCAAGACCAUCGACAACCUGCGCAUCAACGGCGAGACCAAGGUCCUCUUCCAGGGCUUCACCGGCAAGCAAGGAACCAGCAAUUGUGUGGGCAAGCUGGCUAACACGUAUCUCCCUCGCGAUAGCUUCCACGCGCAACAGGCCAUCGACUACGGCACCAAGGUCGUCGGUGGAACGAACCCCAAGAAGGCCGGCCAGGAGCACCUCGGUCUCCCCGUCUUCGGCAACGUCAGCGAGGCCGUCAAGGAGACUGGCGCUACUGCCACCGCCAUCUUCGUCCCCCCCCCUCUGGCCGCCGCCGGUAUCGAGGAGGCCAUCGCCGCCGAGAUCCCUCUCGUUGUCUGCAUUACUGAGGGUAUCCCCCAGCAUGACAUGGUCCGCAUCACCAACAUGCUCAAGACGCAAUCCAAGACCCGCCUCGUCGGCCCCAACUGCCCCGGCAUCAUCGCCCCCGGCCAGUGCAAGAUCGGCAUCAUGCCCGGCUUCAUCCACAAGCGCGGCCGCAUCGGUAUCGUCUCCCGCUCCGGCACCCUGACCUACGAGGCCGUCAACCAGACCACCCAGGCCGGCCUCGGCCAGUCCCUCGUCGUCGGCAUCGGCGGUGACCCCUUCUCCGGCACCAACUUCAUCGACUGCCUCAACGUCUUCCUCAAGGACGAGGAGACCGACGGCAUCAUCAUGAUCGGCGAGAUCGGUGGUUCCGCCGAGGAGGACGCCGCCGACUUCCUCCGCGCCAACAACACCGUCAACGGUGGCAAGCCCGUCGUCUCCUUCAUCGCCGGUAUCUCCGCGCCCCCCGGCCGCCGCAUGGGUCACGCCGGUGCCAUCGUCUCCGGCGGCAAGGGCGGUGCCGACUCCAAGAUCUCCGCCCUCAAGUCCGCCGGCGUCAUCGUCGAGCCCUCCCCCGCCGGCCUCGGCAAGGCCCUGUACGACGAGUUCGUCCGCCGCGACCUCCUGUAA